AGCACGCCCUCUCUCUCUCUCUCUCUCUCUUUUGAUUCCUCCUGGAGCCUCUAUUUCAUUCUCCUCUUCUCCCCCCUUCCCUCCCUUUUUCUUAUUGUUCUUCUUCCACUUCUGCUUCUUCAUGUGCUCUGUGGAGUUGAGAUCGGGGUUGGGUGUGAGGUUUUGCUUCGGAGAAGAAGAGAGGUGAGAAGGAGUGGGGGGCGAAGAGAGAAGGAUGGAGAGUGGGAGAGAGAUGGUGAGGUGGAAGAGGGGGGAGUAGAUGGGAGGAGGGAGUGCUGUUGUUGUGGAAUUAUGCGAACGAUCUGCGAUGUGUGUGAAAGUGCGCCGGCCAUCCUAUUCUGCGCCGCCGACGAGGCUGCACUUUGCCGAUCAUGUGACGACAAGGUGCACACAUGUAAUAAAUUAGCAAGCCGGCAUGUAAGAGUAUCACUAGCUAAUCCAAGUGCCGUAACUCGAUGUGACAUUUGUGAAAAUGCCUCAGCAUUCUUCUAUUGUGAAAUAGAUGGGAGUUCACUCUGCUUGCAGUGCGACAUGCUUGUUCAUGUGGGAGGUAAAAGAACGCAUGAGAGAUAUCUUCUGUUAAGGCAGAGGGUUGAGUUUCCAGGAGACAAAACAAAUCCUUUUGAUGGUCAGACCUUGCAGCCCACUGAGCCAUCCGAACAUAAGCGUGGCCAGCAACAAGUGGCUCAAACUGCAAUAGCAGGAGCGGGCCCCAAAGAGAGAAUACAAAACAACCACUGGGUUUCGGCUGAUGAUGCUAAUGCUGAUAAUGAGAAGCCCGAGUCGAAAAUGAUAGACCUUAAUACCGGUCCACGCCGUGGUCAUGGACAAGCUUCAAACCCUGGCCAGAAAGUUUAGUGUGCUGUGCUAUUCACUGUCCCAAAGCGUGGACACAACGGCAGCUGCUUCGACUUCCCUUUUGAUGGGCUCAGAUGAUGCUGGCCAUGAUCAUUUUUUCUUUUAGUAUUGUAGAUUUCUUCUGGUGCUGUAGAGCGUUCAACGUGAGCACGUAUUGCAUAUUGUGACUAAGAAUUGUAUGACAUUCAAUGUUCCUUCAAGAAGCUCAGUGGACAUUGCUGAAAAUCAACGUUGAAACAUAGGGCAUUACUUUCUGCGGCCUUGUGGAUC